AUAAGGUCAAUAAUGACUAUGUCUGGCACGAGUGGCAACAAUCCAACACCCAGUAUGAAUGAAUCGGACGAUGAGCGCGAUCUUACCAGUUUAACCUGGUUAGUGGAGUUACGCAAUCAAAAUUUUACCUGGCCGAAUGUUAUGCAUCCGGUUACUUUAGAUAAUGCGACAAAAAAUAGUCAAAGCAUCGAUGAAACCACCGGGGAAUAUGGCCGACAACAGGAGCUGUAUGACAAGGGCAAUAGCGUCAAAAAUAAGGACAAUUUCAAUAUCAAUAAAAAUACUGAUUCCAUUGGUGGUCAUAUUUUGAGCACAAUAAGUAAAAAAAAAGUCUCAAAUGAAAGCGAUGGGAUUUCCGUUCAAGACAAAUUGGCAAAAUCAAACAACAGCGAUGCAAAAAACACUAGACGGCAGUGGAAAGGCAAAUAUAUUGAAAAAUUAAGUAAAAAACUAUCGAUUUCAACUCUGCAAAGUCAACAGUCAAAACUCCAAAUGAAGCGAGCCACACCAACAGAACGCUAUGAAAUGUUCUUGGAAAAGGUUAAAAGGUAA